GUGAUAUACUUCCCUAGGGCUGGUAUUUGUACGUGCAGGACGUGACAAAAUAACUCUUUCUUAAAAUCAUCUUUUCUGCAGUUGAAAAGGCUUAUUUAAGUGUUCCAGCUCAACCAUGGCAAGUGGCAGAGACUUCUUCGUCGGUGGCAACUGGAAGAUGAACGGUAGCAAAGCAAGCAUUGAUGAAAUAUUGCAUUUUCUGAAGGAGGCUGAAGUACCCGAAAACACAGACGUUGUAGUCUCCCCACCAGCUGUAUAUCUCAGCUAUGUUCAAGAACGUCUGCCGGCAAAGAUCUCCACCGCUGCCCAGAAUUGCUACAAAGUCGACAAGGGUGCUUUCACAGGGGAAAUCAGUCCAGCAAUGCUGCUAGACCUUGGCCUCAGCUGGGUCAUUCUAGGUCACUCUGAGAGGCGUCAUAAAUUUGGGGAAACUGAUGAGCUUAUUGGAGAAAAGGUCAAGCACGCUCUAAGCAAAGGGUUAAAGGUCAUCGCUUGCAUUGGUGAAACCCUUGAACAAAGACAGCAGGGUCAGACGACAGAUGUUGUGUUCCAUCAGACAAAGGCUAUUGCUGAUAAUGUGACUGAUUGGGAUCAGGUCGUGAUUGCUUAUGAGCCAGUGUGGGCCAUCGGAACUGGGGUAACGGCUACACCAGAGCAGGCACAAGAAGUCCAUGCUCAACUGCGGACGUGGCUUGCGGACAACACUUCAGCCGCUGUGGCAAAGAAAACUAGGAUCAUUUAUGGAGGAUCAGUCGGUGCUACCAACUGCCAAGAGCUGGCCACUAAGCCAGAUGUUGACGGGUUUCUGGUCGGAGGUGCAUCUCUGAAGCCAGACUUUGUCAAGAUCAUCAACGCCAGGGUUUGAGAAACUCAACAAAAGAUAUGCCAAAAAGAUGACACGGAUGAGGAUUUUUUACGCAGUUAGUGAACAAGUAUCAAGUAGAGAGGCCGUGUGAGUCUUUGUACUGUUAGACUAAAGUGCGGUGAAUGAAGUUAAAAUCAUAGCCAGUUUUAGGUUGUGUUUUGAAGUUGGGGAUUGUAAACGUGAUAAUUUGUUUCAAUGGGGUGACUUAAAUUUUAAGUAGAAAGUGUCGCUUGAAAGAAUGCAUGAGUGAGUGAAUUGGUACCCUGCUGUUAAAGAGUCAACUAGACAAACCUUGGAACAGGUUUAGUGAGGAGUCUGCUGAUUACCAGCUCUCUCAUGUAUGUGUUUUAAAUUGGUCAUUUUUCGAGGUUGUAUCUCCUAAAUUAACCUUUUGAUAUAAACUCAAGUAACUAAACUUGUUAGUACAUGCAGAGGAAUUCGUGUUCCACUACAAUUCUCCAGUAACCAUGGUUUACCUUUGACUGACAAAGAUUUAAAAGGUUAAUGUUUGUUCCCGAAUGAUAACAUCGGAUGGCAUUCCUGCAUGUUAUCGCAGCAUCAAACUCAGAAACCAUGGUUGAACUGUGAUUGUAUUUUCAAAUUUGGUGUUUUCUUAAAUUAAAUUUGUUUUAGAAGCAGGAAUUUAUGCAAGCAAAAUACUGAUUGUGUACAUUCGUUUGUAAUAAUAGUUUUAAAAGACAUUAACUUUUUCAGAUUGGAUUACGAAAUACUAUGAAUCGACACAAGUAUGCGUCUAAUGUAAUUAGGCUGAUAUAUAAAAAAAUAAUGAUAGUAUUAUUAUUAUUUUUUAUAUAUCAGCAUAUAAUGCUGUGCAUGAUAAUGUGUCGAACCUCAACAAACACAAAUCACUGAACAUCCACCCUUUUGCCAGAUUCAAAUACAUUAUUAAGUGUUCAGAUUGGAAACAUCAACUGAUGCCUACAUGUACCUGGGAAGUGUGUAUGACACAUGUCUUGCUCUUUAGUGUGUAUGACACGUGUCUUGCUCUGCAUCUGUAGUGUGUAUGACACGUGUCUUCCUCUGUUGUGGAUAUGACACGUGUCUUGCUCCGUAAGUAUCAUUACACUCGUCUUGCUCAGUAGUGUGUGCACGUGUCUUCCUCAGGGGUGUGUAUGACCUGGUCUUGCUCUGUAGUGGGUAUGACGAGUGUCUUGCUCUGUAGUGAGGAGGGUCAAGUCAUGUGAGAGAACACUCAGUUCAGACUGUAUGUGCGUAAAAUGGUUCACAUUUUUGCUAGUAAGUUUGCAAUCGGGGUUAUUUUAAUAGCAGCUGGAACAACAUAGAAUUUGAGUAUGUUAUAACAGAAUUUUAUAUAUAUGUUUUGAACUCACAAAGCAUAAAAAUAAUAUAAUUUGAAAUAAUACGAGUUGUGAUACAAUCUAAGUUGAUUGAAUCAUGAGACAUUUAAAAUGUCAUGACUAAGUCAAGUAAAACACAACAAAAUAUAUUUAAAAAUUAAAGCUCUAAUUGGACAAGCCAUUGUAACAGUGACUUCCAAAGAGUGAUGAACAAACAAUGGAAAUGCAAAUCAUACAGUUACAAGAUUUGGAAUACUACUUCAUCGUGCAGAAUUAUCCAUCCCUUUGAAACAACUUACAUUUAUACUAAAAUAAUUCAAGAUAAUGUGCUAAAUUGUUUUAAACGUCCUUGAAAAUGACAGAAUAAGCAAUAAAAUAUGUGUGUAUAAAAUGAACGUA